AUGCCGUCGCACGACUCCUCGCUCUAUGGAAAUGGCAAAGAGCUCGAGCCAUCAGUCGAGGCUGACCUUGCGCAGCGCGAAGACUCCGACAUCCAAGAAGCCCGACAGAAGCAUGUUGGCGAACUCGCGUUCGAUGAGUAUACCUCCGGUGGUCUCGGUCGACACUUGGGUUUUUUGUCGACUACAUUUCUAGUGGUUGGUCGUAUCAUCGGUACAGGUAUCUUCUCCACGCCGUCUUCUGUCACCGCAGAACUCGGCAGUGUAGGCGCGUCGCUCAUGUUCUGGGUCCUCGGAUUUUUUCUCGCUGCCGCUGGUCUUUGUGUCUGGCUCGAAUUCGCUUCAAUGAUUCCGCGCAGUGGUGGAGAAAAGAAUUAUCUGGAAGCCGUGUACAAAAAGCCUAAACUAUUGAUUACCAUUUUCUUCGCCGUUCAAGCUAUCGCAUUAGGGUUUACCGCGUCUGGUUGCGUUGUUUUCGCGCAGUACAUCCUCACAGCAGCUGACGUCGCCGUAACCGAAUGGGCCAAACGUGGUAUCGCAAUUGGCGUCAUUGUCUUCAUCACUUUGUUCCACACAUUCCUCCCGAAAUGGGGUGUUCGCGGUAUGAAUGUGAUCACUGGCAUGAAGAUUAUAAUCCUGCUGUUUAUUGUUGUUACCGGCUGGGUCGUUCUCGGUGGUCACGUUAAAAGUGUCCCUGAUCCUCAUGCCAGUUUCAGAAACGCUUUUGCUGGAUCGAGUCAUUCAGGAAAUUUGUAUGCUUCUGCGUUGUUCAAGGUGCUGAACUCAUAUGCUGGAUGGAACAACGCCAUGUACGUGUUGAACGAGGUCAAAAACCCCGUGCGAACGGUGAAGAUUGCAGGGCCUCUUGGUCUGCUCAUUUGCGGCAUUCUCUACAUUUUCGCCAACAUCGCGUACUAUGCCGCAGCCACGCCUAAAGAGAUCGCAGCCAGUGGUGUGACUGUAGCAGGUUAUUUUAUGUACAAAGUUUUCGGUCACGCAGCUCAACGCGCAUUGAGUGUCCUCCUCGCCAUAUCCGCCUUUGGAAAUGUCCUCACAGUUACAUUCGCCCAGUCGCGUGUCAACCAAGAACUAGCCAAAGAAGGCGUCAUUCCCUUCCCCAAAUUCUGGGCCUCUAACUGGCCCUUCGGCUCACCCUCUGCCGGUCUACUUCUUCACUUUAUCCCAUCCUUCAUCGUCAUCGUCGCCAUCCCCUUCGGUGAUGCCUACAACUUCAUUCUCGAUCUCGAAGGUUACCCAGGCAGUGUAGUCAACUUCCUCGUCGUUUCCGGUCUGUUCUACCUGCGUUUCAAAGAACCACACACCCAUCGCCCAUUCAAAGUCUGGUGGCCCGUUGCAGCGUUCUUCAUGGCUGCUCAGGCAUUCCAGCUUGUUGCUCCGUUCUUGCGUCCGCCGGGUGGUAAGGGAGAUACCUCUCUUCCGUAUUGGUUGUAUGCUGUUGUCGGUAUUGCAAUUUUGGCGGCUUCGAUUGUGUACUGGUUUGUUUGGUGGGUUGCGCUGCCUAGGCUUGGACGGUACACCUUGGAGCCAAGACAUGAGAGCUUGAAGGAUGGUACGCAUGUGGUGGUCUACAAGUCUGUCAAGACUUCUUUUAGAUCCUAG